UUUGUUUUGAAACUCUUCGUAGAGGAAGAAGUGAGGCGAGAGAGAGAAAGGCAGAUUACGACUGUUUACAAACUUUAACUGCUUAAGCUGCCGUUCACGGGCGUGUCGGGAAGAACGAAUCGGAGAUGCUGAUCCGGCAGCUGGCGCGGAGUCUCCUGCUCCGUCAGAUGGAUUGUGGGAAUCGGAUCGUGGUCCUGAGGGCUCUGAGUGUCGAACCCCAGCCAAAGUCAGAUCUAGCGGAGUUUCGUGAGGUUUUCUCCAAGGCCAAGCACAUCGCCAUCAUCACCGGAGCCGGAGUGAGCGCUGAGAGCGGACUGCCCACCUUCAGAGCGGCCAGCGGUCACUGGAGGAAGUGGAAGACGCAGGAUCUGGCAACCCCACAGGCGUUCUCCCGUAACUCGUCGCGCGUGUGGGAGUUUUAUCAUUACUGGAGGGAGUUGGCGCUGAAGGCUAAACCCAGUGCUGCUCACGUGGCCGUCGCCGAGUGCGAGGCCCGUCUCAGACAGCAGGGCCGCGCCGUGGUGGUGAUCACGCAGAACACGGACGAGCUGCACCGCCGAGCCGGCAGUAAACACAUCCUCGAGGUCCACGGAAGUCUCUUCAGGACCCGGUGUCUGAGCUGUGGAGACGUGGACGUGAAUCAUCACAGCCCUAUCUGUGCUGCUCUGGAGGGGAAAGGUGAUCCAGAUCCAAACUGCACUGAUGCCAACAUUCCUGUAGGACAUUUACCAAGGUGCGAUGAGAGAGGCUGUGACGGGCUCCUGAGGCCGGACGUGAUCUGGUUCGGGGAGACGCUCGACUCGCACGUCCUCACCAAGGUGGAGAAAGAGCUGGACGCCUGCGACCUCUGCCUGCUGAUUGGUACUGCGUCCGUCGUCUUCCCAGCAGCCAUGUUUGCCCCUCAGGUGGCGUCCCGAGGCGUUCCAGUGGCGGAGUUCAACAUCCGGCCGCGGUCCAGCACGUCUCAGUUCACUUUUUAUUUCCAGGGCCCGUGUGCUGAGACCGUCCCCAUCGCUCUCGCACCUCAUGAGUCUGAGCUGAUGUGAGACCCUGAAGAUGACCUCCGACCUUCAACCUGGUUAACAGGCCACUUCUCUAGGUGGGGAAUUAGAAAAGUCUCGUUUCAUUUGUGCUGCAGUGUCAGUGAUCUCGUUACGAUGCACUUGAGAGCUUGUUUUAUUGAUCUGAUCACUGAAGUGUAAAAACGCAGCUCCGUUUCAGAGAACAGGAACUUCUUCCAUCUCCCUAAUGGAGGAGAUGAUGUUCAUCACUUUACACGCUGUCUGAAAUGGUCUCGGGUUAUAAACACAGUCCUUCUGGUGUAAACAGACGGCGUGAACUUGGGGUUUAAUUUUGUGUACUUUACAGGAUAUAAAUAAACCAAAAAAAGAGGUUAAACCUUUAAUAAACUAUGUCAAAUCACUCCAAAGGUGCAAACACGCUACUUUUUUUUUCCUUUUAUUAUCUGCAUAUACAGUAACUCCAGUCAUUUUCCAGAGGAUGUUAUGGAUAAGAAGUUACAGGAAGUGCAGUGUAUAGUCUUUAGAAAUGAUGGGGUUUUUUUUUUCUCCCCCACCUUCUUUUGUACAUCUGCAGAAAUAACUUCUUGUUUUCCUUUUUUGUGUUGUUCAUGGAAAAAAAAAUUCCUUUUUGGAAAAAUAUUCUUGAGAAAUAUUUUUUCUUUUUUUCCUUCUGUAUUUUUAUUUUUAGGAAUAAUUAUUUCCCCUCCCCCCUUUUCUUUCUUUAUAUUAAUCAGAAAUAUGAAAUAAUGGAAAGAAAAAUAAAAAUCUUUUUUUUUUUCCAUGUUGGGUUUGGCUUAUAUAAUAAACAAAUCUGCCUUUUGUGCCUUUAAGAAACCACAAUAAACAUGACGUGGCAAUCUC